AAAGUACCAACAUCGACGUCCUUGGCGAUCGAUGAGUUGCGAUCAAAGUAUCGCUGUUCGAUUAGUUGACAACAACUAGAUUAGCCAUUUACAGCUGGGGGCUGUUCAAAUCACGAAUUGAGUUACUUUUUGGGUAAUUUCGUAAAGUUUUGAAUAAGUCGGCUUAACAGUAGAGUAGGCAACUCUCGAGCGGGGGCCACAACCCGACGAGAGGUGAUAGAUUCAUCACACAUUUAAAGACCCUCAAACCACCAAUGAAAGAGGAGUAAAAACAUGGGCAAGCCGGCAAACUAACGCUCAAGUUUUUGAUCAAGAACGUUCUGGAGGAUAGUCGUCGAUCCUUUUCAUUCGGGCACCUGGUUUUCUGCAACUCGUCGUCUCGUGCAGAAUCCGGCAAGCCGCCUACUUCUACUUCGUCUCGAAGAAACUACUUCUUCUUCCUCUCCUUCGCCAGAUGUUUAAAAUUCUGAGACAAGUCAAGGAGAAUAGCGAAACUAUCAUUGAGGAACUGCGAAGAUUUUGGCGAUCAGUAGAACAAACAUUACGCCAAAUCAUCUACGCUGAGAACCGUCGGGCGGAGGACAUCCAGACGGAACUUCGGUUCCUCCGCACCGAGGUGCAGUUGUUACGGGAACAACUGCUACCACCGGAAGUAGCAAGGGUGCACGAUCACCGAGCUGCACACCUAGACUUCGUUGCGGAAAGAGGACCGAUAAACCUGCAACCGCACAACCAACCGAUUACUCACUAUCAAGAAGUCGACGAGAUGAGCCAAAAUUCGUCGGCUUAUUCAGCAAAUUCGUAAGAGACAACUUCGAGUCUCGAGUUUCAAGAUUUCGGCUCCCUCUCUUUACGAGAGAUCGACAGAAGCACUCUCGACGCGGGGACUGACUCCCCUACCGGUAUUAAUAUACCAAAUUCACAACUCUUGUUGUUUUUCUCAUUGGUAAAAAUACACAUUUUCGAUAUCUUCCACCUGCUGCAGCGGGUACUCUCAUGGACCAAACAAGCUAGGUUAUUUGCGGCGGCAGUGGAGGGAACCGGAACGAAUAUUCCUUCGGAUGCGAUUUUUCUUGCCGAUGGACUUUACAAAAUUCCAGUGGGCUUUCAUGUGCGGUUGGCCUCGCUUUGGCCACGGAUAAAGUAUACGCGUUUCAAGUGGGGCACGCGACACCUUCAUACGAGUCCAGUACGUUAGACCUUGGGCCCGAUA